AUGAAAAAAAUUUUACUCGAAUAUGGCCAGCUUUCCGAAGAGCAGCUUUUCAGUGUUAAAAAAUUCUUUUUUUCUUCCGUUUCUGGAGACCUGGCAAAUAAAUCAGACGAUGAUUCUGAUGACGACUUGAACAGUCGCGAUGGAGAUGAUGUGGAGAAAGAAGCCGGUGUUAUUAACUGGACGGAUGAAUCUACAACGGCAGAAGAGAGUAGUGAGGAGCUUAGCGGAGAAAAAUUAAAGAAGAGUCAUCGUUGGCUUCAAAGUCCGCUUAUUGCCACUGCAGGUAAGGCGGAUGUUAUUGUUUUUGCCUUAGUCCAAAAAAUAGUUGUUCUUGAAAGAAAUGGUUAUGCCGAUCCCAGUUAUGAAGUUGUAGCGCAAUUUUCCGUUGUAAAUCGUCUGCACUCAGAUCCAGUAUACAUAAGAUCAAUUUGUAUUCUUCCUCUAGCUGUAACUAGGAAAACCGAAACACGGGAUUACGAUUUUGUUGCCAUUUCUGUUGGGUUAAGUGAUGGCUAUGUUGACUUUUACACAGAACGAGGUGUUCUCCUACGUUCUGAAAGAUUCUCUCACAAGGCAAUUGACAGUGUCCGUUUUGGUCGUUCGGUAUUAUCGGGUGAGCAAGAGUUUAUCGUGUUGGUAGAGAGGAGCUUGACGAUUGUUGAUGGUCUCUCCUUAUAUGUAGCUUUAAAAAGUGCUAAAAUUCAGAUAGCUCGUGGAGAAGAAGAUAUUCAGAAGAUCGCCACUACAGCUUUAUUAAAUGUUGAGAGAAUGUCUCUAACAAGAGGAGUUGCUGUUAGUGAUAUAGCGAUCCUUGGGCCAUAUGAACAACCAUAUGCCGAAACGUACGCUGCUGCGUCAGUGUCUCAAUCAGGGGCAAAGGCCGUUGUUAACUCUUUAGCUCCUCCGAUAUUCGCAACUUACAUGUGUACUGGAAAAUCCCCAUUUGUGGUUUUUAGUUGGAACAGGGUUGGAACCGGUUCAACGAAUUUAAUCAGCGACAUACUUUACAGUUAUGGAACAGAGUGGGCUUCAAAUAUUGUUUCAUCCUUGCCGGACCUGCGCUCAUUUUUCCGGUCGAAAAAUGAAAAGCCGCUACCGACGCAGAGGGAUCGCAGUCAUGAAACGCGUGCUCAUUUAUCUCGUGUUGGUACAACACUUGAAAUGCGCAGUGUUUUUGAAGAUGGAGGACGGGAAGGUGAACGGUUAUUUCCUGCGCCAUAUGGCAAUCCAUACGUUGCAGUCACUGAUUCUUUCGCUCGAGUGGUUCUUUUCGAUACGCGAACUCGACAAAUUAGACGAAUUUGGAAAGGAUAUAGAGAUGCUCGAUGUGCAUGGAUUGAGACUGCGGCUAACUCAGAAAAUAAAAGCCAUUUAGAAACUAAAGAACUUUCAUAUCGGAAAAAAACUUUGUUCUUAGUGCUCUUUGCGCCAAGGCGCGGGUUGCUUGAAGUCUGGUUACCGUUGAGUGGUAAACGGGUUGCUGCCGUGAAUGUUGAGAAAAAGGGGCGACUUAUGAGUUCUCUCCGUGCACGCGAUAAUACUUUGGGGAAUCUUACUUUAAAGAUCGACGUUCCUUUUUACUCUGCUUUGACACAUGAGUCUACAGCUACUAUACAUGAUGAAAACGUACUAAAAGAAAUGAGGCAGUUUAGUGGGGUUUUUGAUCAAAAAGAAGAUCUACAGCAAUUUGUUGCUCUGCUGUGCAGCUUAAAAACUCUUUCUGGGCUGAAGGAUGGCGUUGAGAUAGCAAUAAAAAAUCGCAAUAUUACUGCAGAACAUUUUACAAAAAUAUUUGACGCGGUACUGGAAUACAUGGACGCAGAUGGCUCGCAUAUUAAAAGGUUUAUUUUGUUUGUCAGAUGCGAAAACAACACUGACGAGAGCAAACAAAUGGGGCCGAAUGAAUUCCAUUUCAGUGAUUUCUUGGAAAGUUUUGACACCUCAAUAGCAGGAUCAAUGCGUCAUUCGAGUAUCGACUCUAAUCAGCCUAUAAUACACGAUGUGGAGUUGGCGAAAUCAUCUCCUCAAUUAGGGUAUUUCAUAUUUGCUCCGGUACUAAAGUCUCGCUGUGCCAUUGAGGAUUUUAAGUCUAAUGUACUUCUGAGGAUCGGUCUGUCCAAGUUGGGACUUUUGGAUAUUUUUUGCUCAUUCUGGUUGACGCCGUUCACAAAUAUUUCUGCAUUUCCUUUGUUACGAGUUCUGGACGUCUGCAAAGAGUUAGCUAAUUUGGCCGGAAGUCUUUCCGAAUGGUUAUCCUUGAUUGAAAGCCGUUUAUAUCUUUGCCAUGAAGUCCCAUCGGCUUUUUCGCUCUGUUUAAUCGCAAGGGCUAUUGCCAUUGAGGCUGGUAGUCACAAGAACCCGGAAAAAGAUGUGGCGUCCAAAGAUGAAGCGUUUCCGGAUUCUGCUGAUGAGUGGGAAAGCAUUGAAGUGUCUCUGGAGCGAUGGGAUAUCUUAGUCAAGAAUUUUCAUUGCCUAGCAGUUUUGAAGUGUUUACCUCGUUCACCGGGCACAUCUCUUCAAGAAGUUGCAGAUACAGGGAAAUCAUUUUAUCGCGAAAGACUGGGGCGUUGGGUUUCGAUGUAUAAACCAGACAUUGCUCAAUUCGCUGCUGUUAUCGACCCCCACGCUGUGUCAUGUGGAUCUGAAAGCGAUAUUUUAAAAAAUAGUUUUUGUUGGGUGGAACCAGUUAGAAAAUUGCUGUCUUUUUUCCCACAUAGUAUGGAAAAAAAUCUCAUUCUUGCGGACUGUGCUUGGGAGUGUGUACACUCCUGGAAAAGAAAUCCAGAAAAGGAUGUCAGAGAGUUGAAGGUUAUGAAUUUGAAAUUUUUUCACUUUGGUCGACAUGUUAGUCAGUAUGCUUUAGAAUUCAUAUCUUUGCUACAAGACAUUCAAUAUCUCCAGCAGAGUAUCUGCCUCUUAUUAUGGGAAACUCAUUUAAAGGAGCUCUUUAAAGGAUUAUUUGAAUGGCUGAACAAAGCUGAAGAGGUCCCUAAUGAUCGCCUUGCAAAAAAAUACAUUGGGCUUGGAAGAAAUCAGUUGGAGGAGUUCGUCAAGUGCUGUUUGUUGGUUUUGGAGAUCUUGCAAAGCCGCAGCGAGGAGUUUAAUUUUUACACGCCCGAAGUAAAAUACGAGGAUUUCUUGGAUGCUUUUUUUGACUUCCGGGAGUUAGGGAAAAAAACCAGAAGGGUCUGUAGACCCACUGACGCUCGUAAGUUCUUUGGUACUGGUUUACCAAAUUCGAAAGCAGAAAUACCUGUAGGCAAAAAAGGACAUUCGUUCUCAAAUUUGCCAUUUUCACACAUGGUUGCUCACUGGAGAAAAUUCAUUGAAUCUACAAAAGAACCGUUAAUAAGUGUCUUGUUGCGGCAACAACCACCUAUUCCAGAGCUUUCUCUACAUCAUUAUAAUUUGGCUUGUGUUAUCGAAUUACAGCUUGGAUUAUCGCUUCAUUUACAACCUUCAAAGCUGUUUGAUGAUGAACUGGCUAUGCAAGCGCUUUUUUCCCCGUUGAAUAGGAAACGUAAAGUGCCUAUACAAAAUGUAGUUGCUUCAUUGCGGCAUAGACGCCAGGAGUUUGCUGAACAGUGUAUAGCGGCUAUUGUAAAAAGUAGUCAGAAAGAUAAUUAUUUUAACGAUUUGGUCGAGGGACUUGUUCAGGAUUGGGGGUUAGACGUUGAUGGAGUGACGCUUAAAGAAAUGGAAGCUUUGAUGGUUCUUGGAGACCAAGAUGGUGUACUCAAGUGCAUGUACCGUGUGCGAUAUCCUGAGUUGGUCGUUCAACGCUGUUAUCCUUAUCUGAGUGCUCGGAUGAAAGGGUAUAUUGCGGCUUAUUGUCCUGAUCUUAUCGAGAGGGCUAAAGAGAAUGGCCAGUGGGCUAGGUGGACUCAAGAAGCGCUCAAAGCCUCCUCUAGUGAAGAUAUUAGACUUGCGCAUCCACCAACGAAGAAAGAAAUGAUCGAUUUUGUUUCCGUUUUGCAAAAUUUAGCUUGUAGGAUGAAUGCAUCUACCAAAGAUCUUCGGUUUCAGAAGCGUGUAAUAGAUGACAUGGCCAAUAUUUUGCAGUUCGCACCCUAA